AUGAGCCCAGCGGAGUUCGGGCUUCUGAUGGGAGAGGAGGGGGUGGAAGGGGGGCAUGAGCCGCUGCUGGCAGACGACUGGGGAGCGGUUGAGAAUCUUGACGCUUUCUUCACCAGCAUGUACAAGUAUUACCACCGCGGCGGCCUGCUCUCCAUCGUUUCCUCGGGGAUCGCACAUCUACUCAUCCUGGCCUUUACGGUGCUUUUCUCUACGUUCCUGUUGUCUUUCGUGGAUUGGAAGGCGCUGCUCUCUUGCCGUGACGAGGAGACCUGCCACCCCCUCUCUCAGUACGUCACCACCAAGGCCCUGCACAGCCCGAACCUGUUCCACGUGCUCGUUUGGAUGUACAUGGUCCUUUUCCUGGUGUACUGGGCUUGGUCCCUCCUCUCCUUCUGGAGCUCCCUCAGGGACGCGACGGACAUGCACCACUUGUACACCACGAGGCUGAGGAUAUCACGGACGGACUUGCACACCAUAGAGUGGAGCGAGGUGGUGAGUCGGUUCCUGUCCCUCCAGAACACGGGGCUUUACCGGGUGGCCAUCUACACAAACAACGUCACGGCCCACGACAUCGCAAGCCGAAUCAUGCGCAAAGAGAACUACCUGAUCGCGAUGCUGAACAAGGAGAUCCUGAAGCUUUCCCUGCCGCUACCGUUCUUCGGGAGCCGCGGUCGAGGGACCCUGUGGGCCACGACGGGGCGGCAGUACCUGACCAAGAGCCUGGAGUGGAGCAUGCACUUCUGCGUGCUAAACCACAUGUUUAGCGACAAGUUCACCAUCCGGACACAGUUCCUCCAGGAUGUCCGGGCGCUCAAGGCCAGGCUUGUCCUGGUGGGCCUCGCGCACGUGGUGCUGCUGCCGUUCCUACUGCUCUUCAUGGUGGUCUACUUCUUCCUGCAAAACGCCCAAGAGUGGCACUCUAGCAAGAGCUAUCUUGGGCCGCGCGAGUGGAGUCCCCUGGCGAGGUGGACAUUCCGGGAGUUCAACGAGCUCCAACACUUCUUCGAGCAGCGCAUGUCGGGCAGCUACGUGCACGCGAACACCUUCCUGAUGCGGUUUCCCAGGCCGGUGCUGGCAUCUCUGAUGCGGGUGACGCGCUUCGUCUCGGGGUCCGUGGUGGCGGUGCUUCUCGUCAUGACCUUCCUAGAGGACUCUGUCCUGCUGCACGUGAAGGUCUGGGACCGGAACCUGCUGUGGUACAUCGGCGUUUUCAGCGCCAUCUACGCCUUCAGCAGGAGCGUGUCGCCUCAGGCAUCGGAGGUUCCUACCCUCCAGGAGGACUCCGCUGAGGAGGUUAUGCUCAAGGUGGCGGCGCACACCCACUACAUGCCGGAGCACUGGCUGGGCAAGGCCCACACCGUGGUGGUCCGCGCGGAGCUCCUGGGGCUGUUCCACUACAAGGCGCAGCUGUUUCUUGAGGAGCUGCUGGCCGUGCUGUUUGCACCGGUUAUCUUGUGCUUCUCGAUGCCCAGCUGUGCCCAGGAGAUCGUGGAGUUCGUGACGGAGCACACGGUGGAGGUGCCGGGGGUCGGCUCAGUCUGCAGCUACAGCGUCUUCGACUUCGGCCGGUACGGAGACGAGGACUACGCAGCCCCGUCCGCGGCUUCGAUGGCCGAGGUCGGGCCGGCGGAGAGGGCACGGCGGCGGCGGCCAGACACUACUGCCCAGGGGAAGAUGGAGAAGUCCUUCCUAAACUUCAGGGCGCACUACCCCGACUGGCAGCCCGGGCCGGCGGGCCAAGAGAUGAUCGACAGGCUCGCCGGGUUCCAGCUGCAGUGCCUCCGCAAGGACGCGGAAGCGGCGGCGGCGGCUAACACGGCGGCGGUGGCCGCUGCUACGGCGGCAGCCACGGCGGCGGCAUCAACUGUCGGGGCAGCCGGGGGCGCGCAUUGGGGGCAAAGCCACCUCCACCAAGAGCGCCAGCCCGUCGGCGUCAGUGUCGGGCUAGGAGCGGGUGGCGGCGGCGGCGGCGGCGGCGGCUUUACGGCCACCCCUCCGCCGACGCCGGGAGCGAGCGUUCUGGGACACCUUGACCGGGACGAGGAGGUCGGCCCCGACGGAGGGGUCACCGUGAACCUGGGACCCUUCGCAGGCGGCGGUGGGCGGGCAUCAUCACCGACAGGCGCGGUGCCGUCCUCGCUCCAGCUCGGUCUCUUGAACUCGGUGUCGCCGUCCAUGCUCCUGGGGCCCGGGGCGGGGGCGUGGCUGGGCGGCGGAACGGGGGGUGUUGGUGGUGGCGGUGGCGGCGGUGGCGGCGGUGGUGGUGGUGGGACCGGGGUGUUCGGGGCGUCCAUGGCGACGCCCUCGUUCGUCCAGACUUCGCAGCUCGCACCCUUCUUGCUGUCGCAGAUCGGGGGGCCCCACGGAGGGAGUUUUGCGGGAGGAGCAGGAGCCCCUUCGUUUCUAGGACGCACGACUAGCAAUGGGGCUCCGGCUGCGGGCCCGGUUGGGCAAGAGCAAAACUUCUACUGGCUUGAGAGGUUCUACGCCGCACAUCGGAGCGGCGGCGCCGGCCUCUCCUUUGCCUCGGGAGACCCCGGCCCUAGGACGGCGGCGGCAACCACCGCCUCCCUAGCAGGUUUGAUGAGUCACGGCGGUGGCGGGGGCGGCGGGUCGAGAUUUGCGCCGGUGGCCGCUCGCCCCGGCGCGAGGGGGCCUGCAGGCGUCCACUCUCACCACCACCACCACUACCGCCGAAGCGGGGUCUCCAGUGUCGGCGGCUCGGCGGCCGUACGCCGGAGGGGCGAUGGUAGCGGUAGCGCGGCGGGGGGCGUUGGGGGCGGGAGCGGGGUAGGGGCGAGGAGCAGAGCAACGACGAGCGAUGAGGAGAGGGAAGGGGGGUUUGCGAUGGAGAUGACUUCCCAGCAGCAGCAACCGCACCGGCAGCAGCACGAUGACGAGGCGGAGGAGGAGGAGGAGCGGGUGGAGGGCUCACAGCAGUACGGGGAGGACGGCUGAGUGCCAAUAGUGUUUCAAGGGGAUGUGAGACGCUCGGUUCAGGGAGUUACCCCGCUUGUUUUCAAGGAAGGAAGGAAGGCAGAGGUGUUGUACAUUUCGGAUCUUGAACAUCGGUCCCGUCAGAGAGUAGCCAGACAUCGCACCAUCCCCGCUCCUGCGUGUGAGUCGCAUGCAAUGCUUUCGAGAGCUCCUUUUCAGUUUUUGUCUUGUCCUUACGACGGAUUUUUUUUCGUCCCCGUCCCCGUCCCCGUCCCCAGCUACACGCCCGUCGGCGUGACGGUGGACAGGCGAGUGUUUUGUCUCUCGGUGCUGCUGCUGCUGCUCUUGCCACUGUUGUGAGUGUUUGUUGAUGGUAACUUUGAGUUUAACAUACAUAGCUCUGGGGUUUAUUCUUGGUAUGCGUGGGCGUGGCCCCGCGCCGCUUGUUUUUCGACGUGCUGUACGUGCGGCGGGUAAGCAAAAGAGUGUUGUUUCGAUGGUGAGCGUCCACGGUCAAGGUGACGGGAUAACAGGCAUGUCCAUAGUGUAAAUACGUACGUAUUGGUAGGGGUGGUGCCCGGGAGUUUCGCGCCUGUCGGCGGGAGGGACUCAAAAGAGUCUCGGGUUCCGAAGGUUUGGUAGCCUCCUCGGCGUUUUGGAGACAUUCUGUCGGGGUUUGGGCGGGCAAUUUGGGUACUACUGCAUGAGGCUUUGUUGUGUUGUUUAAGUAAACAGCAAAAAAAGAAUGAAUAAAGUGGUGUCCGAUUUUGAGGGACUGCUGGGGGGGGGGUCGUCUUUUCAGGUAUCAGGGAGAGAUGCGUGGAGUGUGAGUGUCAGGGCAGUUGCUCAUGUUGUUUUGAAGUCUGAACUGCUAGGUUCGACAGCAGCUGCAGGACUGCUGAGGGAAAACACCUAGCUAGUUUCAGCGCAGGAGUUUGACAUCAGGUCACCGGGGGGACUCGGGAGGCACACGUGCGGGUGCGCCCACCCCACGAAGGCUAG